UGCAUGGCAUUAAAGGUAUAUAUGGGAAGCCUUAAGCUGUUGCAGUCUGCCUAAAAGAAAUUCAUUCUCAUCAGAGAGAUAAAUUACAUCUCAGUUACAGACAGGCUCCUGCAGAAACUUAAAGAAGAAGUACACCCUCUGAUUCAAGAUGCCGACCAACAACAGAAUCAUCUCUGAAAGCCGAAAGUCAGAUAAAGUUUCUGCACCAAAGACAACCAAAGCUGGAAACAUGCUUACAGCAAAGAUCCCUGUCUACGAGCCAAAUAUUCCCGAACCAAAAUGCAGGACGGAUCUCAUCAAAUACUGGAUUAGCCUUUCUUUGGAUGACAGAACAGCCAAUAAGGUGCUGUGGAUCACAGAUGGUGGGGCUAAAGUAGCUCGUAUGACUGAUGACAUCACUUGUCCAGUCUUGGACAGACCCGAGAGAUAUGAGUACACACCGCAGGUUCUUUGCAAAGAAGGCUUCCUGGGUUCCCGAGGCUACUGGGAGGUACAAUCCUCUGGAUGGGUCGUGAUCGGAGUAGCGUUUGAAGGAGCAGGAAGGAGGAACAGUGAAGGGCCCUGUGGCUUUGGAGAGAACGAGGAAUCCUGGGGUCUUGAAUGGAGCGGUUCCUGCUAUCAAGUUUGGCACAAAGGGCAACGGAAGGAGAUUAAUGGGAUUCCCCAUCACUCCACAAUAGGUGUCUAUGUUGACCAGCCUGCUGGUAUACUCAGCUUCUACGCUGUUAAAGAGGGAGAGGAAGGUACAGCCAGAAAGGAGGUUAAACCUUUGCACCAGAUCAGGAGUUCCUUUAAACAGAAAUUGCUGCCGGGUUUCUGGGUGGGAACACACUCUUACUGUUUGAUCCUAAAGAAGGAGGAAUAGAGGAAUAGACUGACAUUAGAAGACCAGAUAAAACAGUGAAUAAAACUGAAUCCUGCAUCAGUGAAGGUUGCUGCAUGAAUCCUAUUGAGAUAAAGCAAGUAGGAAGACAGCUUUAAACAAAUAUUACUAAUAACACCAACGAGGUUAAUUUAUACAUCUGGUUCUAUUUUUUUUUAGUUUUUGUCAACCUAAAACCUAGAUUUGUCAAAAUCCCACAUGCACAUCAUUGCCACUGUAUAUAAAGUAUCUUUGAGAGACAUUUCCAGUUAAAUGUUAUUUUCUAUACUGGUAUAAUAAGGUAAAGUGCAAUUAAGUAGCAAUUUUGAAAAGAUUGUGGAGGGGAAAUUAUUUAAUUUACCAAGAAUCUCUGAAAGUAUCAAGAGGCAAAAGAAAUUAUGGUUUUGGUUGUUUGUAUUGAUACUACAUAGGGAGUGUCAUCUCAAAGCACACACAGCACUCUGGGAGUGAGACUCAAAGCACUUCCUCUGAUCUGUAGUAUUUCAUAGCAUGGUAGGUGUGGUGGUUGUACAAUAUCUUUUAAAACAGGAGACCUGUGUUAGUAACACAGAAACCUAUUGGUCUAAACUUUCCAAACACAAGACAACACAGUGUGUACUCAUGGGUACAUCUGACUGCAUAAAAGAAGCUACACAAGCAAUAAUUACCAAUAAGAAAAUUGUUAGGAAUAUUUCGCUAACCGCUCCAUGUUUGUACUAAUAUAUUUGUAUCAUAUUACUGUAUGUGUUUUUUUUUCCAUAUACUUUGCAAAGAAUGUAUACAGUUAUGUUGAGAGUGUUAAAUAGAGAAAGGUUUAAAUAAAUUAUAUACCAGCAAUAAA